AUGAACAGCCUGAGCGACAAGGAAAAGGCAUCGAGCGAUGCUAAUCGCAGUCACGACGAGGACGGGGACAUGCCACGGGACCCAGACGCACAUCUCUCGGAAGAGGAGAAAGCGGAGGUCGACCGACGGCUUGUCUGGAAGCUGGACUGGAUGCUCAUUCCAUGGCUUUGCUUUCUCUACCUCCUGGCGUUCCUUGACCGAACCAACAUCGGCAACGCAAAAAUCGCCGGCUUGUCGAGGGACCUGAACCUCACCACGACAUCUUACAACGCGACCCUCACCAUAUUUUUCGUAUCCUACGCCGUGUUUGAGCCGCUUACCAACAUUCUCCUCAAAAGACUCCGCCCUUCCAUCUUCAUACCCAUCAUAAUGAUCCUGUGGGGCGCCAGCAUGCUCGGCAUGGGCUUUGUCCACAACUGGUCGGGACUCAUGGCCGCCCGCUGGUUCCUCGGGCUGACCGAGGCCGGCCUCUUUCCGGGCGUCAACUAUUACCUCUCGUGCUGGUACAAGCGCUCCGAAUUUGGCCUGCGCGCUGCCAUUUUCUUCUCGGCCGCCGCCAUCUCGGGCUCCUUUGGCGGCCUGCUCGCCGCCGCCAUCGAGAACAUGGACGGCGUCGGCAACCUCCCCGGCUGGUCGUGGAUCUUCAUCCUCGAGGGCCUGCUGACCAUGGUCGUCGGUGUCGCGUCCUUCUGGAUGGUACACGACUUCCCUGACGAGGCCAAGUUCCUGUCUGACGACGACCGCGCCCGCGUGAUCCGCCGGCUCAAGCUCGACCAGCAGUCGUCGGCCGAACACGAGUCGUUCCAGAUGAGCUACUUUUGGCAGGCUAUGCGCGACUGGAAGAUGUGGCUGGGCAUGGUCAUCUACAUGGGCUGCGACAUGCCGCUGUACGCCUUCUCCCUCUUUUUGCCCACCAUCAUCUCCAACCUGGGCUGGAACACGAGCGUCGUGCGGUCGCAGCUCAUGUCGGUGCCGCCCUACGCCGCGGCCGCCCUGCUGACCGUCGUCAUCGGCGUGGUCGCCGACCGGACGCGGGCGCGCGGCCUGUGCAACAUCCUGGUCUCGGUGCUCGCCGUUGCCGGCUUUGCCAUGCUGCUCGGUACCGACAACUCGGCCGUGCAGUACGCGGGCACCUUCCUCGCUGCGCUCGGCAUCUACCCGUGCAUCUCCAAUACCAUCAGCUGGGUGGCCAACAACGUCGAGGGCGUCUACAAGCGCGGCGUCGUGCUGGGUUUUGUCAUCGGCUGGGGCAACCUCAACGGCAUCGUGAGCAGCAACGUCUACUUUGAUAGCCCGCGCUUUUCCCAGGGGCAUAGCGUCAUGAUAGGCUACCUGGCUGUGUGCCUGUUUGGAGGGUCGGUGGUCAUGUCGCUGUUGCUGAGGCGGGAGAAUGCGAAGCGAAGGAGAGGUGGGCGGGAUUACUGGGUGCAAGGGCUGACCGAGAAGGAGAUUGAGAAGCUAGGGGAUCAGAGGCCGGAUUUUGUGUAUACGGUUUGA